ACCCAACCUCCAUCUUUGAUCAAAACCGCGUUACCUUUCUUUCUUUUCUUACUCUCUUUCCUCUCAAUUCAUUCUCUGAAUCUAAAUAUCUUUUAGAAUCAUUUGCCACUAUUAUUCUUUACAAUCACCCAACUUUUUCAACCCCACUGGUCGUCCUUGCACCUCUGAAAAAGCAAAGCAAAAAAACAAAACAACAAAACCCAGUUCCGACAUUGUAUUGUAUUUUUUAUUUUUUAUUUUUUUUUCAAAUACCUCAUAAUUAUUAAAUUUAGUUUGGUUUGGUAUACUACUAUCAAAUUAGUACAAAUUCACCAAACCAGACACAUACAGUCUGUUUUAACUUUAGUGGCACUUCUUUUCUUCACAAAGUGACUGCUUGCCUAACCAAGAAAGUUUUCUUUUUAUCAAAAAUCAAAGACCACCCCACAAUCCCAUUUUUACUCACACCCAGAUCGGAUCAGAUCGAAAGCUUUGGUUUUUAUCAAACACCCACUUCCAGUUAGUGGAAUUUGAGGUGGGUUUGUGAUUAGAGAGCCCAGUAACAGGAAAUCAAAGAGGAUGGGUGAGGGUGAGCGAUUCCAGCUGGGAACAGUUGGGGCGUUGUCUCUGUCCGUAGUUUCUUCUGUGUCCAUUGUGAUUUGUAACAAGGCUCUAAUGAGCUCAUUGGGUUUUCAUUUCGCUACAACUUUGACAAGCUGGCAUCUUCUAGUCACCUUUUGUUCUCUUCAUGUGGCUUUAAAGAUGAAAUUCUUUGAACACAAAGCUUUUGACCAAAGUGCUGUAAUGGGCUUUGGCAUUCUAAAUGGGAUCUCCAUUGGGCUUUUGAAUUUGAGCCUGGGUUUCAAUUCUGUUGGAUUUUAUCAGAUGACCAAGCUGGCAAUCAUUCCUUGCACUGUAGUCUUGGAGACCCUUUUCCUUGGCAAGAGAUUCAGUAGGACUAUUCAGCUUACACUCAUUAUCCUCCUUCUGGGUGUUGGGAUUGCAACAGUCACAGAUGUGCAACUUAAUGCUUUGGGCUCUAUCCUAUCUCUCCUUGCAAUUGUUACAACAUGUGUUGCUCAAAUUAUGACCAAUACCAUCCAGAAGAAGUUUAAGGUUUCUUCAACCCAACUUCUAUAUCAAUCUUGCCCAUAUCAAGCAGGCACCUUGUUGAUCACUGGCCCAUUUUUGGAUGGGCUUUUGACUGAUCAGAAUGUAUUUGCUUUCAAAUAUACCAGUCAAGUAGUGGCAUUCAUCAUCCUAUCCUGCCUGAUAUCUGUCUCUGUAAAUUUUAGCACAUUUCUUGUAAUUGGAAAGACAUCCCCAGUCACCUAUCAGGUGCUUGGACAUCUGAAGACUUGCUUGGUAUUGGCAUUUGGUUAUGUCUUACUUCAUGACCCAUUUAACUGGAGGAAUAUUUUAGGGAUUUUGAUUGCACUAAUUGGGAUGGUUCUAUAUUCCUACUUUUGCACUCGUGAGAGUCAGCAAAAGGCUAAUGAAACAGCAGCACAACCAUUUCAGGUAGUGGAAGGUGAAGCUGAUCCUCUGCUGAAUGCGGAAAAUGGGAAAGGAGGAUUAACUGAUGCUGUUGUCCCAAAAGCCCCUGUGUGGAAUUCAAACAAAGAUUUGCAUGCAUGAAAGAUUGUUCAUACACUGAAGAGAAUCAGAUCUCAAAUUCGCGAUCAAACUAAAGGAGAAAGUCACUUAAAUGAAAAUAGGGGGGGAAAUAGUGCUACUGUGAGAGCAAUGGCAAUAUCUGUGGCAUAAACAGAUUUUCCAUGUGGUACAUCUGCAAUCUGCCCAGGUGUGAGCCUUCCUUUUCCUUAUUAGUGUUGGUUUAGCAUUAUAUUAAGUUGAUAUCCCACCAGUUAGCUCAAACGAUGACUGCAUAUAAUGGGUAUUGUUGUUUUCCUGGCCAAACAAAUAUGGUUCAGCCUUGUAAUCAUUUUUUUAAUGAAAUCUUAUUGCCUGUUAUAUAUGGAAAA